AUGCCAAUCCAACAUAUACAACUUAUAAGCACAAGUCAUGGCAGGGGGCUGAAGGAAGCUAUGGAAUCUGUUCUGAAGUAUUAUUUUGUUUUCUCUUCUUUCCUAUUGUUUUCCUCUUUCUUUCCGGGCGGUACUUUACCGUCCAUAGCUACUGCAAUUCAUAAUUUACCAUUUGGGCCUGAUCUUUGUCUGGAUCCAGAUCUCGUAUUUGUCAUCUGUGGAGGCAAUGACAUUUACGAGAAAGGAACAGAGAAAGUCAGGACCCCUUUAUCUUAUUUUGCACAUUCACUUUUUCCAAAUCUUAUUUCUACUCUUCGUAAAAAGUUCAGUUCAAGUACUAGAAUUUGUUUUGUGGGUAUUCUUCCUCGCUUUAAUCAACAUAAUUUCAAUAAGAAGGCACGUUAUGUUAAUCGCCGUAUUUUUGAAUUGUGCCGACAGGAACAUUUAGCUUUUUUGAACUGCGAGCGUCUUUUUCUGCACGGCAACUUGAAUUCUAAUUUAUUUGAGUCUUGUUAUUUAGGGGAUUCUAUUCAUUUAUCUAACACAGGUUGUUUGAGAUUGGCAAAUGCUUACUGCUCCGCACUAACCUUUAUUUUAGGGGGUUUUCUUCCUUUACCAGCUUCUUGCUUGCAGCCUGGCUUAAUCUGCAAUUCUUCGUUCAUUUUUUAUUCUUUUAUUCCUUUCACUGCUGAAAUGAGGCAGAAGUAUGAGGAGAAAAGAAAGGUUAGUUAUGUCAAAACAGUUACACUGUAAAACUAAAAGAAACUUCAAUUACUUACAGUAAUGUCCCCAAGUACCAUAAUUUAUAGAAUAUAAUUUUCCUGAAUAAACUACAGGGAAAAUUACAGGAAAAAGUAUGUCCUGUGGUGUAUCUAGUAAAACUUAGAUAGAGCUUUUAAUUUUGAUACAUUACUUAAAAGUGUGAACUUAAAGAAAAUCAUUCAGAAUAUCUUAAUGAAAUGGAACUAGACUUCUUAAGUAGACAAACUCUACAUCAAUCAAUAUUUAAUCUACCUUUUACUUUCCAGAGGUUCCAAGAGGCACGUAAACUGGCCCGAGAGCAGAAAAUGAAAAUCAAAGAAAGAGUUGAAUGAAUGUAAUGAACUUUGGGAUAGUUGAAUAAAUAAAUUAGUAAAUGUAUGAAUAAACAAUAUUCUGUAUCAAAGAAAGAGUUGAAUGAAUGUAAUGAACUUUGGGAUACUUGAAAAAAUAAAUUAGUAAUUGGAUGAAUAAACAAUAUUCUGUAUCAAAGAAAGAGUUGAAUGAAUGUAAUGAACUU